AGGGAGAUGUGUGCUCUCUCAUCGGGUGAUAUUUCACGAUGAGGGGUGUUGCAGUUUUUCUGGCAUUGCUGCUCUGUCUGUACUGGACGUGGGCUCAAGGUGAGAAAGCAGGAGGAAACAGGAAGGAAGAUGUUCCGUUUGAGAUAGAAGGUGUCAAAGCAGCUCAAGACCACAGCAGCAGACACGCCAACGUCACCCCUGACAUCUGGGCUGAGCUGAAGGAGCUGAGAGACAUGGCCAUCGAACAGAAGGUGGAGCUGAGAUACAGCCAGAGCGAUAUAGCAGCGCUGAAGCAAGAGAAUACAGUUUUGAAGGCCAGACUGAGCACGAGUGAAAAGCAGGUGGAGGAACUGAAGAGGGAGAGCACAGAUUUUGAGGCCAGACUGAACGCCAGCAAAAAUGAGGCGGAGGAGCUGAAGAUGGCAAAUGCUGCAUUGGAAGCCAGAAUGACCUCCACUGACAAUGAGGUGCUGGAGCUGAAAACACAGAAUGCAGAACGUCCAAAGGUGGCUUUCUCACUUGGUCUUACAGAUGCAGGAGGAGUUGGACCCUUCAACACAGACAUCACGCUAAAGUUUAGCAAAGUCUUCUACAACUUUGGUGAAGCCUACAACCCAGUUUCAGGUUGCUUCACCGCCCCAGUCAGAGGAGCCUACUACUUCAGAUUUACGAUGUGGGAGUACCGCACUUCAUAUUCGAUGACUGUUAGUUUGUUUCACAAUGACAAGAGGGUGAUGUGGAAUUUUGACAGAAAUGAUGAGUUCUAUGUGAACAUGUCUAAUGCUUUAAUACUUCAGCUGGAAAAGGGGGACUUGGUCUACAUGACUCUCCACUCAGGCUACAGUUUGUAUGAUACUGCAAAUAAUCUGGUCACUUUUAGUGGAUUUCUGCUGUUCCCUCUGUGAGGAUGCAUGGAAGAAACAGUCAAUUAGGUCAGUUAAUCAAACAGAAUAUACGCACGCUUUUGUCUAGGUUGAUGAAUGAGACAUAGGCUAAGAAUUUUUGAAUGGUGUUAACAAAUUCAAUCCAUGUUCUGUUUGAUUAUCAAUAAAGCAUUUGAAGUCCUGAA